AUGGCUCCUUUAAUCCGGGAUCCCGCGUUGAAGCGUGCGGAUGCCCUUUCUUCGGUUGGUAGCUCGUCAGGUGGGUUAUCUACAGCGCAGGCUAGCCCUGCUGCUUCAUCGUCUGUGACGUCUUCAUCUUCUGCUGCAAGUUCCUCAUCCCCUGCUCUCACGACCGCUGUCUCAGAGAGCUCAGCCACCGUCCUUUCAACCUCGGAAGCGGCGUCUUCCCCCCAGUCAAGCGAGGCCGUUACUACCGACCACAAGCGCGAGCAGCAGCGAUGCGUCUUCGCCUUCCGCACCGAUACCCUCGACUUUGUCUUCUUCAGCGGUACCGACCUCGAUCCCGGUAACGUCAGUGGCGGCGACUCCGUCUUCUGCUUCUGCUUCUGUCUCUUCUCCUGGAGGGCUCUCGAUUCCCACCGCCGUAACAGUGGUGGUGGACCCUUCAUCUGCGGCUGCGACGGAAAGCACGCCUACGCCUACGGGUCUGUCACCAACGGGACUGCAAGUGACUUCGGCGGCGAUACCUACGGACGCGACGAGCACGCCCAGCAGCUCGCCACAGCCAACGUCUACUUCAGAGUCGACAUCGCAGGUCCCGACGACCAGCGCGGCUGGGCCUUCCAGCUCAUCCUCGGCAGCAGCUAUGACGAACCAUCGACUUCGGCGGCCGUACCAACGUCAUCUGCCGGCGGGUCCGCGGCUGCCAGUGGUAGUGGGGGUGCAGUGGCAACGCCAUCCAGCACUGGGUUAACUGCAGUUCCUAUAACCGGCAUAAUCCAAACUAGCGCGCAGCCGGAUCCCAUUCCGACUACGACAGGCUCUGCGGCUGCCAGUGGGAGCGCCAGUGGGAGUGGAGGUGCAGCGGCAACAGCGUCUAGCUCUGGGCUGUCUGCGGUUCCUAUAACCGGCACGUCUCGAACUAGCGCACAGCCGGAUCCCGCCCCCGUCUCUUCUGCUGCCGGUGCGCCUUCCGACACGCCUUCGACUGCUGCAGAUAGCAACGCCACCAAGACUGCCAAGUCGGACUCUCAAGCUGCGACUCCCACAGCUGGAAGCAAGACAGGCGCUCAGGAUGCUUCGAGCAGAGCGGCAGCUGCCCCGACAACCUCGGCAGCCGGCGUAUCCCCCACGGCCAACCAAGCCAUCCCCACAAGCUCGGCCGCAGACCAAGGCACGACUGGGAGCGGAAACAACGCGACUGCAGGCAACGGCACGGACCCUGCUGCAGGUAACAGCGCGGGCUUUGGCAACACCACGGCUGCUGCAGGGACCGGCAACGGCGGCGCUGGCAACACAGACACUGCUGCAGCUACUGCGACUGCAACAGACGCGAAGGGGGGCGCGACCGCCACCGCGAGUAGCGGUGCCGCGACCGACUCACAGAGCGCCGACGCCCAGCCCACCGCUUCUGCUACCUCUGUAGACGAUGGUAAUAACGGUGCGGCUUCGUCGUCGGCGCCGACGGCCGUCAUUACUCGCCCGGUAGGGCAAAAGGCAGCUGACAAUGCUCCCACGACUCCGGUAGUGACCACCUCAACGAGCGCAGCGACGUUCACGAUACCCGUGACGAUCGUCUCGAACGGGCUCACGUCGACGUCGUUCCAGCUCUCCACAAGCACGAGACUCGUCACCUCGACGCUCCUGCCCGCGCCGACCAGCGUCACCGCCGCAUCGUCCUCUUCGGGCUCCUCGUCCGCCCAAACAGGCGCGAUCGUCGGCGGGCUCAUCGGCGGCCUCGCCUUCCUCGCGCUCCUCGCCUUCCUCGCACUCCGCCUCCGCGCGCGCCGCCGCGCCAACCGCCCCUUCAUGGGCGGCGGCAUCUCGUACCAGUCCUACGUUCCGCGCUCACCCUCGAUCCUCCCCGACUCCCCGCGCCGCGCCCCCGCCCCGAUAAACACAAACUCCUCGGCGCGCGCGCCGACGCUCCCGGAGAUGUCGUACGUCGGCGGCGGCUCGGGCCUGACCGCGGGCCGCGGCGAGCUGUUCCCGAGCAUGAUCUCGACGUCGACAGGGAGCGGCGGCGGGAUGCCCAUCAGCCCCGUCCCGACCGAGCACUCCGGCUUCUCCGCAGACGCGGACGCGGACGUCGAGGCCACGGCAGGCACAGAGGUUGUGGGGAGUCGAAGGAACGAGCCGCGCAUGCGCGAGACGAUGGUGAGCUCGGUGGCGAGCGUCGUGCGCGGCGGGGGCCACUCGAGCCUGAGCGCGGAGGCGAUGAUGAUGGGCGCGGCGGUGGACCCGUUCGCGGACCCGACGAUGGGCGCGCACGCGGCCGCGGCGGAGGAGUCGCUGAAGACGCCUGCGGAGCCCGUGAGCCCGGGGAGUGUGCGUGGGGUGGAGGGCGCGGUGAAUCCGUUUGCGGACCCGGAGCUGUUGGCGCCGCAUGGGCAGGAGAGGCUGUCGGUGAUGACGGUGUCGACGAUGUCGAACGUCCAGUUGGUGGGUUUAACAGCCUGGGGAGGCGAUGUGAAGGAGGAGUGCUACUCGGACACUGUCGCGGUACAUAGCUCUGGACCCUGCUAG